AUGAACGGUUUCAUGUACGGGAACAUAUUUUCUAACGAAGAGCAGGCAGAACGCCAGGCCAUUUUUCCUCAUCUUUUCAGUCGACAUGCUGAGGAUUUCAGUUUGCUACAGACCAACUUUAACAAGGACAUCGUCAAGGCUGGUACAGGAAGAAGGUGA